UGAGGCCGGGGGAGGCUGACCACAGCGCCGCGCACCAGUAACCUUGUCUGAUGUGAUCAUUAACCUUUUUGGAAAGUGCAGCUGGCAGAUCUCCGAGGUUUGUCAUUAGAAUGUGAGGAGAACUACUUAAACAGUCAGUUGCACGGACUAUUCACUGCCUGUUUUCUCUGAGAGCUACUGCUUUCUUCAGCGAGGAAGAAACAUGAGAAUUCAGCAAGUCUUUUUUGUAGUUAUUUUUUUGCUGAGUCUUGUACUUACGGAUGGACAGAGAACAGCUACUAGAGCAACAAGAAGAAAAUCAUACAGGAAAAACUGCCAUAAGAGGAGAUGUCGGCCUCUUCAUUCACGGGUGCCUUUUCCCUGAGGUCUUCUCUGGUUAACUUCAUGGGUCUGCAAGGAGAAGAGGAGUGAAGGAAAGCUAAGGAGUGAAGACAAGAUACUCACCGCUCAGUAGUAUGAUUGCAGACAAGUUCCUGGAUGAAAGAAAUCAUUUAAAAAUGCUUGGGAUAGUCUGCUAGUUAUGUAGAGCUUUUUUUUUCUGGUUUCUUUCUAGAGGAAGAUAACAAAAUCAAAAGAGAUUUUUAUUUUGAAGCGUAAUUAUUUAUCUGCAUAACAAAAAUUCUCUCAUUUUUCUGCAUAUAAUUCUUACAUGGGUUAAUAAGAAAAAUAUAUUUGCUGUUUUAGUAAAAAGUCCAGUUUCAAAUUCUUUCUUUUAUAUUCUGAUAAAUUUCCAGGAGUGUUUAAAUAAACUUAUAUGUUUAAGUAAUUAAACGCACACACACACACAAAAUCUGAAAUUGGGGGUCAGAGAGGUGGUACAGAGAUAGUGGGUAGGGCAUCUGCCUUGUAGGCAGCAGACCCAGGCUCGAUCCCCAGCAUCCCGUAUGGUCUAUCCACCCCCUUCCACCCGAAAGCACUGCCAGGAGUCAUUCCUGAGUGCGGAGCCAGGAAUUACUUUUUGAUACAAAGUAACCUCUGAGCAUUGUUGGGUAUGACUCAAAAAAAAGAAAAAGUAAUCUAAAAUCAAGUGCAUUGACCAUGGCUUUACAGAAUAGGAAGAAAAUUUUUGUUUCAUUAAGUAUUUACAUAGAUCCCCAACAUCUUUGUUUUGGGUUUUGGUUUGGGGGGCCGUAAAAGCAAAGUUAUUAAUUGCUUCCACUAUUAGGAAACGAUUUAAUGUUUAUGAAAGUUUUAUUUUGAAUGAUACCCACUUUAAGUUGUAAACGAAAGUUUAAAAUACUAAGUGCAGUUCAUUUUAAUUUAAAACUGAAAUGGUUGUCUCUGAAUCACUCAUCGUUUACUCUUAAGUGUAUAAGAUACUUUUGAUUUUUUUUUGAAGUUUUAUUUCAGUGUUCUCAAUUCAUUUAUACAGAUAGAUCCUUAGAAGGGCGUUUAAAGUUUAAAGUUUAUAUGUACAAUACUGUAAUUAUUCAAGGCCCGCAAGACUGUACAGUCUUGCCUUGCAUGUUCAAUUGCAGCAUUUCAAGAGUCUUUCGUAUCACCAAGCUUAGAGCCAGAAAUAAGCCAUGAGUACUGCCUGGGGUUGCCCAAAAGCCUAGGAAAAACACACAAUAUAAUGAUUCCAACAAAAUUUCAAGCAGUAGCUUUCCAACAUUCAUUUUGUUAGUAUUUGGUUAGGUAUAUUCAUCAAACUAUGGUGGUAAAAAUUGUAAAUAAAAAUUCAGUUGGAGUUUAAGGAUAUAAUUACCAAAGGAAACCAUUCUGUCUAAAUUGGAAAUGCGCUAAUAAUCAGGUGUUUCCAAGAUGUUAAAUAUGGUCUUAAUUUUUAUUUAUUAACUGUUAGUUUGUUGCUAUAAGGUUUUAUUUUAUUUUACUAUAAUUCCCAAUAGGAAAUUUACAAAGUCCUACCUUGAUUUAAAAAUUUUGCCUUGUAAACACAGAGAGAAGCUCUAAAUCAUUAACUUCUAUUAUGUUUAACUAAAAAAUUGUAAUACAUAUAAGUAAUUUAAAAUGAAAAUGUGGAGCAUGUCUCCAUUUUACAGCUUUUGUGUCUUUUGGAAAAAAAUUAAAUUCUUGUACAAUCAUGUUGUAUGAAAUGGGUUACCUCAUUAUUUAAAUGAAUAUUUUUGGAAAAUACAAGAUAAUUUUCAAUAUAAGUUAUAAUUCCAGUAUACAAGUACAUUGUAGUGAUGAUAUAAUAAUAAUGCAUUAUUAAUCAUUUUAAAAUUAUAUUUAUCAUAAAUAUAAGAACAUAUUUUUUCAAGAAGAGAUAGAUGCUCAUCAUAACAGAGAAUGUUAAAAAAUUAUUUUUAAUUGAGGAAUUUAAGACUGAAUAGCCUUCAUGUUUACCCUGACACUACAUAUCUUGUAUUUAAUUAAAAAAUUUUGUGACUAUUGCAAACCACAGUGCCUGAAAGGAAAAUGAGACACACAGAGAAAGAGAGAGAGAGAGAGAGAGAGAGAGAGAGAGGAAAAGUAUCUGCCAUAUAGGGAGGCUGCAUAGGAGGGAGGAAAACUGGGACAUUGGUGGUGGGAAAUGUAGACUGGUUAAAAGAUGGGUGUUGGAACAUUGUGAUGACAGAAACUCAAUCAUGAACAACUCUGUAACUGUUUAUCUCAUGGUGAUUCAAUAAAAUAAAUGAAUAAAUAAUUGGGGCUGGAGAGCACA